AUGCCCUUCUCCAAUGGCCACAACGCGCUGAAGCUGCGCUUCCCGGCCGAGGACGAGUUCCCCGACCUCAGCGGCCACAACAACCACAUGGCCAAGGUGCUGACCCCCGAGCUGUACGCGGAGCUGCGCGCCAAGUGCACGCCGAGCGGCUUCACACUGGACGACGUCAUCCAGACCGGCGUGGAUAACCCGGGUCACCCCUAUAUCAUGACCGUGGGCUGCGUGGCAGGCGAUGAGGAAUCCUAUGACGUGUUCAAGGAGCUCUUUGACCCCAUCAUCGAGGACCGGCACGGAGGCUACAAGCCCAGCGACGAGCACAAGACCGACCUCAAUCCCGACAACCUGCAGGUACGAGGUGGCCCCGGGGCGGGGCGGGCUGGGGAGGGGUCCCCCAGCGCUCACCGCCUGUGUCCCCAGGGCGGCGACGACCUGGACCCUAACUACGUGCUGAGCUCGCGGGUGCGCACGGGUCGCAGCAUCCGCGGCUUCUGCCUCCCCCCGCACUGCAGCCGCGGGGAGCGCCGAGCCAUCGAGAAGCUCGCUGUGGAAGCUCUGGCGAGCCUGGACGGCGACCUGGCCGGCAGGUACUACGCGCUCAAGAGCAUGACCGAGGCAGAGCAGCAGCAGCUCAUCGACGACCACUUCCUCUUCGACAAGCCCGUGUCGCCCCUGCUGCUGGCCUCCGGCAUGGCCCGCGACUGGCCGGAUGCCCGUGGCAUCUGGCACAAUGACAAUAAGACCUUCCUGGUGUGGAUCAACGAGGAAGACCACCUUCGGGUCAUCUCCAUGCAGAAGGGGGGCAACAUGAAGGAGGUGUUCACUCGCUUCUGCAAUGGCCUCACCCAGAUUGAAACGCUCUUCAAGUCUAAGAACUACGAAUUCAUGUGGAACCCUCACCUGGGCUACAUCCUGACCUGCCCGUCCAAUCUGGGCACGGGGCUGCGGGCAGGUGUGCACAUCAAGCUGCCCCACCUGGGCAAGCAUGAGAAGUUCCCGGAGGUGCUCAAGCGGCUGCGGCUUCAGAAACGAGGCACAGGUGGUGUGGACACAGCUGCCGUGGGCGGGGUCUUCGACGUCUCCAACGCAGACCGCCUGGGCUUCUCGGAGGUGGAGCUGGUACAGAUGGUGGUGGACGGCGUGAAGCUGCUCAUCGAGAUGGAGCAGCGGCUGGAGCAGGGCCAGGCCAUCGAUGACCUCGUGCCUGCCCAGAAGUGAAACCCUGGCCCGCACCUGCCGCCACCACCACCAGCCCCGCUGCUUCCUAACUUAUUGCCCGGGCAGUGCCCACCACGCACCCUGAUGUCCGCCGCCUGGCGGCUGAGCCCUUAGCCUCGCUGUAGAGACUUCCGUCGCCCUUGGUAGAGUUUAUUUUUGUGAUGGCUAAGAUGUUGCUGAUGCUGGAAUAAACUAGGGUUUCGGCCUGCCA